GUGCAGGCGUGUUAGUAUGUGCGGAAAGUUGUUUGGAUUGUUGACGAACUGCCAAAAAUUUUUAUAAAUACACACAACAAACCUUGGUUGCAGAUCAGUCUGAGCGAUCAUUCGAUAGGAAGUAGAAGCUUCCGCUAACGGGAAGUGAGUGAAGCUGUGCAGCAGUGGAAGGCAACGCGAGAGCAAAUUGGAUGGUGUGAAUAAUUGUGUAAAUUACGAGCUGUUACGGUUGAUGCUGUAAAGGGGUAACAGAAAGUGUUGUGAACACGAGUGGACAGAACAAAAUUGGAACACAAUAACGCAUCAGUUUAGUUGCUGGCAUGAUGAGGGUGAAAUAUCGCGCGCUACUGCUGCUAGCGUUAUACGCCUGCGCUUAUGCAAUUGAUGAUGCACCGCUCAAACAACAACAGCGAACAGCAAAGCUGAUACGCAACUAUCCUGACUACGCACCGAUCACGCAACGCGUUCAAUCGUUGGAAAGUCCAAUGUACAACUUUAUUGAUCCUUAUGGUCCUGGAACAUAUGCAUUUGGGUAUGAAAUUGAGGACCCAAAGAGUGGCAAUGUGCAGUUCCGUGAUGAAGAGAAGCUGAACAACGGUACCGUACGUGGUUCGUACGGCUAUAUGCAACCGGAUGGAUCGGUAAUCAUUACCAGCUUUGUUGCAGAUGAAGAUGGCUACAGGGCAAAAACGGAAAUAAAGCGAGCCAACGGACAAACGGUAGCAUCCUUCCCGGCGCCUGCUCCUUCCGGACCUGGUUCACAGGAUCGCUACUUUCCUGCGUACGAUCAUCAAGCAAGCACCAUUAACCCGGCAGUGGCAGCCGCACUGCAGCAACAGCAGCAUAUCAAUCUGAAUCCCACGUACAAUCCCAUGCUCGAUCCGGGCGUUAUCGAUCCUCAGUACGCAGCGGCAAUACUGGGACAUAUACGCGAUCAGCAGUAUAGCCCAGGGCAAGGUUUAGUACAAUAUCCGUACGGCAUUCCUAAUGCACCGUUCGCACCACCUCCUCCUCAUCUACACCAGCACCAUCCUCAGCAUCACCCUCAACACCCAUCGCAGAAUGUUCCACUGUACGAUGCACCGCCGAAUGUGUUCUCCAACUUUAUCGGCCAGCUGCCGGCAAAUCUGAACCCGUACAAUCUGUACCAAAAUCUGCAGUCCUCCUUUCCCCAGGUUCUACCACAGCAGUAUCCCCUCGACCAGCUAGCCAAUAGCAUUCAGGGUAACUUCCAACAGCAAGGACCGGGAUCCGGAUUUGGGAACUUCUUCAACGGGGCUCAGAACUCUUUUCAACAGCUAGUGCCACAGGGAUUCGGUAACUGGAUUGGACAAAAUCGUGUACCGAUAACCAUUCCUGGCCAGCAACAAUUCGUACCUGGUGGAUAUGGCUUUCAGCAACAGGUCCCACAUCAGCAGAUCCUGUCAUCAAACAGACCAACGAAUGUGUUGGGCGAUAUGCCUAUUACCGGACCCAGUUCGAUGGGAUCGAUGAUGAUGAAUGGACAGUACGUGCCAACGACGAGACGCCGAAAGCUAACCGGUACGACGAAGAAACGCAACAAGAUAAAAACCCGCGACGGGAUGGAUUGGUUUGAUGAUUUUCUCGAGAAUCGAAAGAGACAGGUAGUGUACGGUGUGGGCACUGCAACCACACCGGAAACGGUCACAGAAAUGACACUGAAAGAUGUACCGGACAGCGAAUAGUUGGGUUUUUGUACCCAACAGGCUCGACUGAUACAAUAUUUAUUGACUAACUAUUUAUUACCGUACCGAAUUAAGAUCAGCGAAGGCUUAAAACAAUUCGCCUAAAGGUAUGCAAAGUACCGUUUUCUUAGAUUUCUUUGAAUGCUCUACGUUGUUUUAAAGAACAAAUCUUUAAAAUUAUCGAGAAAAAGAUAAAUUUAACUACUAAUGCAGUAAAUAAAACAAUUAAAAGUUAAAUUGAGAUCACUAUUGAUAAGAAACAUAAAUCGAUAAACAUGAUUUGUAUGUAUGAAGAAUAAUUUCAUAACUCACCUCGGG